AUGACGGGCCCUGCUUCUCCUCAGGCCGAAGGCCCCACGUUUGCUCCUCCCCCUCUGCCCGCGGGCUGGAUUGCUCAAUGGGAUGGUACAAGCAAGAAGUAUUAUUAUGUACAGCUAUCGACUGGUGUUUCGCAGUGGGAGGUUCCUACUGAACCAGCCAAAACGGGAAAUACUCCAGCUCCCCAGGGCGAACAUCCUUACGGCACUCCCAAACGUUCGGAGCUCAUCACGCAUCCUGAUGGAUCGCAAACUGUGCGCCAUGCAGAUGGUACCAUGGAACCAAUUAUGCCGGACGGCACCCGAGGUGUAGACGGUCCCUCUGGCGAACGGGGUCUUGGAAGCAUGGCUAUGAACGCUUUGCUUGGCGGAAAGAACUCUGGUCAUGGUGGUAGCAGCAGCAGCGGUGGCCACAGCUCUAGUCCAUUGGGCAAUCUUGGAGGUCUUGCCAACCAGUUCCUCGGCGGUAGCCAUGGUGGUAGUGGCGGCAGCAAUGGGGGAAACAAGCCCUCAGGCGCAGGAAAGCUCGUUGGGCAACUGGCGUCGAGCUUUAUGCACUCGGCUAGUCAGGAGAAGCCCCCUCCCCCCCAAAAUUACCAUGGCAAUUCCAACCAGAGCUCAAGCCAUCAUCAGGGAGGCCUCGCCGGGCAGCUCAUGGGUGGUGUCGCAACUAUGUUUGGUGGCAAACACGGCAGCAGUGGACAAAACUCCAACUUUGGCUAUAGCUCGGGGCAACAGCCGCAACAGCAGCAGGGUGGUGGUGGAACGUACUCCGGCGAGGCACCAACCUACAAUCCUACGGGCUCAGCUCCUUCGGCGGCUUCAGCGCCCCCCGCAGCCAGUGUGCAUUCCUAUGGCUCUCCAUCCCCGAACCAGCAUCAACAGCAUGGCUCGAACCAACAGUACGGCUCUCAACACCAACCUGGUCAGAAUCAGACAUACGGAUCGCAGCAGCAGCAGCCAGGUUCUCAUCAGCCUUUUAACUCGCAUCAGCAACAGCCCGGCGGAAACCAGCAGUAUGGUCAGCAACACUCUGAGCCAGGCCAACAGUACAGCGCGCAUCAGCAACAGCCGGGUCAGAAUGGCCCUUAUGGCAGUCAUCAGCAGCAGCCUGGUUCGAGCCAGCAGUACGGAGGUAACUCAUCUUUUGGUGGGAGCCCUCAUGGUUCUUCGAACAACUCGUUCCCUCCUCCUCCGCCAGGAGGCCCUCCCCAACAUGGACAAAAUGCACAACAGGGACAGCAAUACUUUCCUCCACCCCCUGGACAACAGCCACAUCAGCCGUCUUCUGGUACAGGCUAUCCCGAUAUUCAGGCGCACGGCGGCCACUUUGGCGGCCCGCCUGAUCAACAUGCUCAGCAGUCACAGGGCUAUAGUGCACCACCGCCAAACUCAGGCAAUCAGAACUUUCCUCCUCCACCACCAGGAGCCCCCCCCGGAGGAUAUAGCCCUUCUUAUAAUGCAGGCCAGGGGAACCAGCAGUCUUACGGUGGCCAGCCGCAAUUCAACAGUGGCGCUCCUCCUGUGCCUCAUGGUUCCCAUCCUCAGUAUGGAGGAGCUUACUGA